AUGAACGGUCCAAACAACGCUCCCUAUGCUCAGCGACUGGAUCUCGGCUGGGUGAUAGUAGGUGAUGCCUGCAUCAGUGGAGUCCGGAAGCCGAUUAGCGUCAGUACCUUCACCACCACAUUGCUUGAAAACGGCAGGGCAAGCACCUUCAUUCCGUGCCCAAGUCACAUUCACAUCAAGGAAAAGGUCGUACAGGACGGACAGACAGUCACCACGGCGACACACGUCACGGGACUGAACGACAUCGCCUCGAGCACUGAGGAGUUAGUGGAUCCCAUCUUCGAGACUUCGAAGCAUGAUAGCAUGCUUGCUCUAUCGAUUGAAGACAAACGUUUCCUCGAAAUUAUGAACAAGGGAUUCGCUAAAGGUGAAGACAACAGCCGGAUUGCACCACUCCCUUUUCGCACACGGAGAUGUGAGCUACCCGACAACAGAGAACAAGCGCUCAAUCGAUUCUCUUCGCUUUGUCGCACCUUACAAAAGAAGCCCGAAAUGAAAGGACAUUUUCUGAAGUUCAUGAGUAAUAUCUUCAAGGAUGGCCAUGCCGAGCUAGCCCCACAAAGGGACGAAGGGAACGAAUGUUGGUACCUUCCCAUCUUCGGUGUGUAUCAUCCGAAGAAACCAGGACAAAUACGUGUUGUCUUCGACUCGAGCGCGAAGUGCCAAGGAGUGUCUUUGAAUGACGUGCUCCUCACCGGUCCUAAUCUCACGAACAGUCUCCUAGGUGUCCUGCUUCGUUUCAGAAAAGAACCAUUCGCUAUCACUGCAGACAUUCAACAAAUGUUCUACUGCUUCAUCGUUCGCGAAGAGGACAGAGAUUACCUAAGAUUCUUUUGGUUCCAUGACAACGACCCGAAUCAGGAGAUUGCAGAGUAUCGAAUGCGUGUUCAUGUGUUUGGAAACAGCCCAUCGCCAGCGGUCGCAACAUACGGACUAAGACGAACGGCACUAGAGGGGGAAACAGAGUACGGAAAUGACGCAAGGAGGUUCGUGGAAAGGGACUUCUACGUAGAUGACGGGUUGAAGUCCCUCCCUACAGAAAAAGAGGCCAUUGAGCUACUUCGAAGAACCAAGGCGAUGUUGGCAACAGCGAACUUAAGGCUUCACAAAAUAGUCUCCAACAGUGUAGCUGUAAUGGAAGCGUUCCCAUCGGAUGAGUACGCGCCGGACCUGAAGGACCUUGUCCUGGGAACUGACACUCCUCCGUCACAGCGUAGCCUGGGCUUAAGUUGGAAUAUCAAAAAAGACACCUUCGCAUUCCCGGUCUCUCCUAAUGACAAGCCACACACAAAACGUGGUCUUUUAUCCACGGUUAACAGUUUGUACGACCCUCUGGGUUUCGCCGCUCCCGUCACAAUACAUGGCCGGCUCUUGCUGAGGGAGCUGUCUUCCUUGACUGACGACUGGGAUGCUGGGCUUCCACCAAGCAGUGAAUGGGAGAUUUGGAGGAAUUCUCUGCCAGCUCUCAAAGAAAUUCAAAUACCUCGCACGUACACCAGCAGUACUCUCAGCAAUGGCUGCCGCAAGGAGCUCUGCGUAUUUUCAGAUGCAUCGACUAAGGCUAUUGCAGCAGUGGCCUACCUAAAACUAACUGACGCUCAGGGCAAGAACCACAUCGGAUUCAUCCUUGGAAAGGCGAAACUCGCUCAGAAACGCGAGCAGACUAUCCCAAGACUGGAAUUAUGCGGGGCCGUUCUUGCCGUUGAACUGGCCGAUAUUGUUCUCGGCGAACUGGACGUUGACUUCGACGCUGUAAGCUACUACACUGACAGCAAGGUCGUUCUCGGCUACAUAUACAACGAGUCCAGGAGAUUCUACGUAUACGUGGCCAACAGAGUCGAACGCAUCAGGAGGUCAAGUAAACCUGAACAGUGGAACUACGUUCCUUCUGAACACAACCCUGCCGACAUUGCCACCCGAAUGGUCCCGGCGGAUCGCCUAGCUAAGACGGCCUGGUUAACUGGUCCUGAAUUCCUAAGCAGGACUAACGUCGCAAGUGCAGGGAAGGAACAUCAAGGAUUCGCGCUGAUGAGCCCAGAAGCAGACGCGGAAAUCCGUCCUGUUGUGACUAGCCUCACCACCAACGUGUCGACGCGAACACAGCUUGGAGCUCAUAGGUUUGAACACUUUUCAAGGUGGACAAGGCUGGUUAAAGCUAUAGGAAGUCUCCAACACAUCGCACGCUGCUUCCACUCCUCGGAUGACGACGUGUCAGCGUCUUGCAAUCACUGGCAUCUGUGCAGCAGGCUACGUACGAACGAAGAACUCUCCGCUGCGGAGAAGUUUGUCUUCAAAACGGUGCAAAGCGAAUCUUUCUCGAAGGAGAUUUACUGCAUCGAGAAGAAGCAAGAUCUACCAAAGAACAGUCCUCUUCGGAGCCUGAACCCCUACAUCGACGAAGAUGGCCUUCUGAGAAUCGGUGGACGGCUGAGCAACUCGACGUUAGAUCAAAAUCAGCGGCACCCUAUCAUCAUACCGGGUCGACAUCACAUCGGAACGCUGCUGACCCGUCACCAUCACGAAAGUGUGGCUCACCAAGGUCGUCAUUUUACCGAAGGAGCAAUCCGAGCUGCUGGGCUGUGGAUCGUGUGA